AUGAAUUCGACAAAGGAUCUUUGCGAGAUACCAGCAGGAAAACCCCCUGGUGGCAAGUACAAUUUCAUUGAUCCUCCAAGUCUGGGACCGACCGUCAUCGCCGUCGGCACUACGCUGCUGGCCAUUUCAACCGCCUUCACGGUUGGACGACUGUUUAUCAAUCGCAGCAAGUUGCACUCUGCUGACUACAUCACAUUUGUGGCGUGCCUGGUCAACAUUGCCUACACUGGCGUCAUCAUCGCUCUACUGAUGAAAGACCUCGUCUCGGCAGAGCACAAUUCCUUUCACCACGCCUGGGACGUUCCGGUGUGUUUUUACACCGGGCAAUUCCUCCAGCUCCCCUUCAUCCAGACGGUACUGUUCUCGCCCGUGUUCUUCUUCUCGAAAGCUGCCAUCUUCUUGCUCUACCGACAGCUCUUUGCGACGGGUAGACGACUCAAGAUCGCCAUCAACCUUGGCCUCGCCGCCACCUUCCUCGUGUACCUGUCGAACAUCCCGCUGGCUGCUGUGUAUGCGGCACCCGAUCCUGGCAAACCAUGGUCCUCGCUCCUUGUCAAGCUGCAGACCAAGGGCCAGAAGUUCUCCCUGGCUGGCGCUGUGCAGAGCGCUGUUGGAACAGCAAUCGAUCUGUACAUAUUCUUUCUUCCCAUGCCAAUUCUCCUCGGCCUCCACCUGCCGCUGAAGCGACGACUUCAGCUUGUGUGCGUCUUUUCUAUCGCGCUUCUUCUGAUCGAGACGGAUGUAGCUAUCAUUGUGGGCUGCAUGCCAGCCUGUGCCCAGUUUCUGACACCUGGCGCCAGAGCAUCUACUUUCUUCAAGUCGCUGCGCUCUCGCCUGCUGGGUAGCCAUCGCGCCGGCACCAGCACUGGGAAGACUGCAUCGUCCAAGUUAAGUGCGUCUUACGAGCAGCAGCAGCAGCAGCAGAAACGGGGCCAAUUUGGUCGCGGCAGUGACCAGUCGAAACAAAUACUUGACUACGAAAUGAGUGACACACAGCCACUCAAAACUACGGCUCGAGAUGACGACGGAUCGGAGUGGCAUCACCAGUCCAACCACAUGAGUGAGCACAGGCCGGCUCAACAGUGGGUGUGA